AUGUGGAGCACAAUUUUGGAACCUGGCAAAAAAUAUAUCGCAGUUGUGAACUACACAUUUAAUCUUUCUAUGGCUGUCCUUGAUUUAAAAACCGUAAAAAAGAAGAAAGAUGUUCAUACUAUAUUCAUAGAAACUGAAGAUACACCUUGUUCUAUCCUUUGCCAUCUCUCUGAAACAUUAAAAUUGGUACAGGUAAAAUUGGAUCUUGUUUUCCCCCCAAGAACAACAAUAAAAUUGUUUACAUCAGGGUCGGCCCAAAUACAUAUGACUGGAUAUUUACUCUACGAUGAAGAGGAAAAAUUAUGUCCUAUUUUAGAAAGUGAAAUUAUAGAAGAAACAACAGUUACAGAGAACAAAUCAAAAACAGAAAAUGGAAAUAAGCGUAAAGCUGAAGAAAAUUACCCAAAAAUUACAAAAUCUGUUAAAUUAAAUGAUGAUGAUGAAGGUUCUGAUGAAGAUUUUGAUGUAAAUUCUAAUGAAGGUUCUGAUGAAGAUAGUGAUAAUAAUAUAAUAAUUGAUGGAUUUAGAGAAAAUCAAUUGGGUAAUUUACUUGAUGAUAAAGGUGAAGAUUCAAUUUCUGGCAAUGAUAUUGUAGGUAUUAAAAACAAAUCAGUAUUGACUAAAGAAGAAAAAUCACAAAUGAUUCCUAGUAAGAAAUUUAAUGAGAACAAACAAAAACAAACCAAAAAGGAUCAAACAAUUCCUAAAGACCAAGAUAAUACUUCUUUAGCUCAAAACACACUUAAUAUUAAACAGGCUUUGCCAACUAGUUCAACUGAACAUAGAAAGAAAAAUGACAAUGAACUUGAAACUUUAUUGCCUGUAUUAAGAACUUAUACUAGGAAAGUUAAACAAAACCAACAAUUUAUAGAGUUAAGUAGUGGAGUUAAGAUUCAGGAACUUCAAAUUGGUUAUGGUGCUAUAGUAGAACCUGGUAAAAUUGUUAAAAUUUAUUGCACUAAUCAAAUAAAACUGUUUAGUAAAGUUUUAAAUAUAAUAGAGGGUGGUCCCGAAUUCAGUUUCGUAUAUCAACAUGAUGAAGUUAUUAAAGGUUUAGAUAUUGGUAUUGCUGGAAUGAAAGUUGGUGGCAAAAGAAGAAUUGUCUGCCCAUCUAAAAUGAGUCUAGGUACUAAGAUAAUGAAACUAAGAUUUAAACCAAGAAACACAUUGGAAUUUGAAGUGGAACUUUUACAUGUUGGUAAUAAACAAAAAAAAACUCUUAAAGGUCAAAAAGUACCUAAUUCAAAUAAGUUAUUGUCAAAUGUUUCAACCGAAAGUAAUAGUAAGAAAAAUAUUAAACGUAUAACUACAUUGACUGGAUUAAUAACAUAUACUCAGAAUGUUGAACAAAAUCAAAAAUUAAUGGUGUUAAGUGACGGAGUUAAGAUUCAGGAACUUCUAAUUGGUGAUGGUACUGUAGUAAAACCAGGGAAAAAUGUUAACAUUUAUUACACUGCUCGUAUAAAAUCAACUGGUAAAGUUUUUGAUUCAAUGCAAGAUGGUCCCGGAUUGAGUUUUGCAUAUCAGCGUGGUGAAGUUAUUAAAGGUUUGGAUAUUGGUAUGGCUGGAAUGAAAGUUGGUGGCAAAAGAAGAAUCUUAUGCCCAUUUAAAAUGAGUCAAGGUACUAAAAAGAUAAUGAAACCAAUAGUUAAAACAAGAGGUACAUUGGAUUUUGAAAUUGACCUUUUACAUGUUGGUUAA